AUGUUUUGUAAACCAUCCGACAAGACAGCUCUUGUGAAACGAUGUGAGUACGAACGACUUUUGGCUGGAAUCCAGCUGAUGAAACAAUUGUACAUAUCGAAAUUCAACGGUGAAUUGAACGGAGAUCCUCAGGAGUUUGGAAGGCAUACUGAGAAAAUCACCAAGUCUGCUACCAAACUGAAGGUUGCUGGUCAAACCACAGAUUUUGUGAACAGAAUUCUGGAUAAAGUGAAGAGCGGGGUUGCUAAUGGUGGACUGGACGAGAUUUAAUCGCAUAGAAAAGCUGCAGUGCCAUACUACACAUGCAUUGGCUUGGCUUGCUUCUCACACAUCAAUCUAACGCUAAUAUCUACUCUGGUAUGCCAUAUAUAUAUAAAUGUGAAAUACUCAAACAUGCAACUCAUUGUAAUUCGUCUAGCUAUAUCUUAAGAAAGAGUGAAUUAUAGUCAUAUAUUUUUUUAGCGUUAUCGGUAGUUUUUAAUUAAGAUUUACAGAAAAAUAUUAUCUGCUAGUAUAUGAUCAAAUUAUUCAAUAAGAUUACAUUAGUUCAGGACAAACACCACAGAGUAUAUAUAUCAUAGCGCUCUCAAGGAAUAUUAUGUAGUUAUAUUAAAAUUGCAUUUAGAAGAGCAGCAAUAUUUCCAAGAAUUUUCCAUCCUCGAUUUGGAAAACUGUGUGGUAUGAAAGCAAGGUGAAAAGAUAAAAUUAAACAUACUAGCAGUACUGUGAACAGUAGACCUCGCGCCUCCCCUGUCCAUACUGUCCAUCAGAGUGAAUCCUGUCUGUAUGUCGUGUCGGCGAGAUAUCGGUGAGAAAACGGCUAAUGGCUGUUGGGGUUGAUAUAUCAAAAAAUGCUAACAUCAAAAGCUAAUCUCCUUCAAGACAUACUGGCAACUGGUUAGCCCGAGUUCAGAGAAGAUUUAUUUCACGUGAACCAAAUCAGAGAAGACCAUUUUAAAAAGACGGCUUCUCUGAUUGGUUCUCGUGGGAUUAAUCACGAUUAAAAUUUAACCGAUCUUUGUGCAACCCGUACAAAAUGAAACAUAUAGAAUCAUAUAGUUCUAUUUCGGACUAUGUGUAACCUCAUCUAAAUUUGGGAGAGGAAUAGCACAAGGUUACCUAAUUUUUUCUCUCCCUAUCAUUUUGAUGAUGUACUUAUUGUACGAAUCAAUAACAUCAUAUGACGGUGUCACAUUGGGGAUGUGGUAAGAAACUUGAUAUAAAAUCAUGUGACUGAUCAUGUCACAAUGUCGCACUAAGGUGCGUACAUACUUAUGCGCCACGAACACACGCAUUU